AUGGAGGUUGAUUUACCAGAUACAAAUGAGUCUAUAACGGAUACUAAUACAGACAAUACUUCUGAAUGUCAAGAAGCUCAUCCAGAAACUGUCCAGACAAUGGAUACUGAAGAGACAGUUCCUACUGAUUGUAAUGAUAAUGAUGAUAAUGCUAAGAAACAGGAUGGUUCAGAGUGUGAAAUCUUGUCAAAUUCAGAUAAUAAAAAAUCAACAGAAAGUCCUACUCCUACUGUGAAUGUCUAUCAUCCUCCAGUUUGGGCUUUAAAUUGUCCGCCAACUUUAAAUUAUAAACUGGAAGUUAUUAAAAAUGGUUUACAGCUAACAGAGUGUACAGUUAAUCUAUCAUCAACGACAUCUACUACUAUGGAUUCAGAAUCAUCGUGUGAUGAUAAUAGUUUAAGCUAUUGUUUAAUUGGACGUCAACCACAACCAUAUUAUGAUGCAUCAUUCAAUGAUUUAGCUGGACAAUGUAUAACACUUGCUCAUCCUUCUAUAAGUCGAUUACAUGCUGUAUUACAAUAUGGUAAACCACCGCAUUCUGUUGGUAAUGUUCCAGAAGAUGAAAAAGAUACCACUGGAUGGUAUUUAAAAGAUUUGGAUAGUACUCAUGGUACUUUUGUUAAUAAGCGACGAUUACCUUCUGGCCGGUAUGUUCGUAUUCGUGUUGGUUAUGUUUUACGCUUUGGUGGGAGUACACGUCUACAUAUUUUUCAAGGUCCAGAUGAAGAUACUGAACAAGAAACAAUACAAUCAUGGUCUGAAUUAAAAAAAGCCUAUGAAGAGCGUAAAUUAAUGGCUCUUAAAGAAAAAAUAGACACUUCAACAAAUCAAAAUUCACAAUCUGUUAAACUUGAAUGUGAUUGGGGCAUGUCGUUAGAAGAUCCUACUCCUGAACCAAUUCCAAGUCUACUUCAAUCUGGUACUUGUUUAAGUCAUGAAAAACUUUAUCGUGAUGAUCCAAAACGAGCGUUGAAUGCUUAUUUUGAACGAGAAGGUAUCGAUCCUGCACCACAGUAUGAAUUCGUUGAAGCGCCUUUUGGUAAACAACACUGUCGAAUUGAAUUACCGUUAAGUUCAGGUACUGUGACAGCAGAAGCUGUUGUUUCUGGCAAACGAAAGGAGGCUGUUGUCGCAUGUGCUUUAGAAGCCUGUCAACUUCUCGAUCGUUUAGGUGAAUUCGAUCCAGAUAAAGAUCGUUCCGGAUCCUCGAAACAUGUUCGAUCACGUGCUUAUUGGGAAGAGAAUGAUUAUUAUUCAUCUGAUGAAGAUACAUUUGUUGAUCGGACGGGAAUUAUUGAAAAAAAGCGUUUAGAUCGUAUGCGUCAAUUAGGCGUUAGUAAUAAUAAUGGUGAUGAAGAAAGUCAAUCAAAUGCUAAUAAACAAGAUGAUUUAAAAAUGAAAAGAAAUGAAAAAAGGAUAAGUGAAGAUUCAACUAUGCUUUCUAUACUUUCAGAAUUAGAAAAGAUUGGAGAAGAGAUUGUUUCAAUUGAAGAAGAAUUAGAAGCUAUCGAUCGAGAGUUUUCAUCGAAAGAGGCAAAUCCGUCUCAACUGGAUGAAUUAGAAGCUUAUAUGAAUGCAUUGAAAACAUCCUCAUCUAAUCGUGCAAAACGUUCUAAAUUAAAAGCUCGUUUAAUUUCACUACGUCAAACUGAACUUCAAUUAAUGCAUCGUGCUGGACUAACACAAUUUCGUAGAAAUUUAAAAAAAUCUAAUGGACAAAUCAACAAUUCUGAAUAUAUUUCAUCAUCAGAAGCUGCAGCAGCAGUACGAGCUGCUAAAAAUAAUACAUCUGAACAAAAGAUUAAAAAUGCUCGAGCUGAUAGAAAUGCAUUGAAACGCAGUUUACAGAAUCAUGCUAGGUCACUGUAUGUAUCUCAAAAGAAAAUUGAGGUUGAUAAACCUUUUGAAGUGGAAAGUGAUGACGAUGAGGAUGAGAAUGAUGAUGGUGAUAUUGAUAAGAAGAAGAAGAAUCAUGAGCAUCGUGAUGAAUGUGAUAAAAAAGAAGAAGUUAAGAAUGAAAGGAUUAUCACUGAUGAUUCCGCUGAUCCUGUAAAAUCAAAUGAUCAAUCUUCUUCUUCUUCUUCCUCUUCAAUUACAAAUAAAAAUAAUGCUAAGAUGAAAAAGUACACGGAACCUAUUCAUCAUCAUCAAACAACUCCACUGAUUCCAACGAAUGAAUCAGUAGAAGAUAAAUUAACUACUUCAUCAGAUGUAAAUAUUACUGUAAAUAAUGUCAGUGUAGAUGAAACCUUACAGAAUAUUGCUAUGGAAACUAAAGAAUCUGAUAACAAGAAGCAGCCAACAGCUAAAGUCAAAGGACCAACUUUACCUCCACAAGAAUCACAGAAACCAAGUAAACAGGAAGUCAAUAGGAAGACUAAGGCAUUACUAGAAACUGAUCCAGAUUAUGUGGAAUGGGUUCCUCCAGCAGAUCAACGUGGAGAUGGCAUCACUGCUUUAAAUGCUAAAUAUGGAUAUUAA